AUGGAGGCCUGGGGUAUGGGCAAAAAAACGUUGAGCACAGACUGGAUCAAGGAGAAAAUCGAAAAGCCGGUGUUCUAUUGGAUCGAUCAGAUGUGCAUCAAUCAAGAGGACCCGACUGAGCGCAGCGACCAAGUCCGUAUCAUGAGCAAGAUCUAUAAGCAGGCGAAAAAUGUGCUCAUAUGGUUAGGGUGCGACCCUACCAUGAUUGAGGCUGCGCGUCGACUGCGAGACAAGGAAAAUGACCUUGACAUAGAGGCUAUUGAUACUCUAUUAGGUCACCCAUACUUCUCACGGAUAUGGAUCAUUCAGGAGAUCGCGCUCAGCGUGAACGAACCUCUCUUUGUUUGCGGAGGGGUUGAGCUAAACUGGGAACGUGUAUGCCUUGCGAGUAGCCAUCCACGAAGCCUUCAGGCUGCCGUCUGGGCUGCUAUCUGGGAAAGUGCCCGUGAUCAAAGAUAUCGCACUCUGCAAGGAUGUAUCGCGUCAUACUGUGAGAGCGAUUGCCAUGAUCCUCGCGACAAAGUCUACGGGUUGUUAGGCCUUACACCUGAAAGAUGGCGCGUGCGUGUUGACUACACAAAAGAGGUGCUUGAGGUAUACUUCGAUGCGGUGGCGGCCCUGUACGAAGAGUUAUUCGACCUUGCAGACCCAGAGUGUCUGCGGAGUCAUCUUCUGAACAAUUCUUGGCGUCAGAAGCAGCAGCAGAAGAAGAAGAAGAAGAAGAAGAAGAAGAAGAAGAAGAAGAAGAAGAAGAAGAAGAAGAAGAAGAAGAAGAAGAAGAAGAAGAAUUAG